AGAAACGUCAAAGCUUUGUUUUGGUCGUACGAACAUCAAUUCGCAAAUUUCCUGCGCUUUUCAAGUGAAUUCCUGCAAAAAACCAAAAAAUUCCGGAUAAAAUCCCAUCAGAAACGCCCCAAUUUGUGAUUUAUUGAGUAAGAAUGGCGAGCGCACUCGAACAUUACGUCAAUAAAGUGCGAAACUUGAGUGAAGGCAAUGUUCGUGAGUUAGUGGAUUAUUUGAACGAAUCGCUCGAGUUGCUGACCCGAAAUACCAACAUUUUGGACAAUGUGCUCGAGACGCUCGACAUUCAGCAACACUCGCUCGGUUAUAUGUACAUUUUGCUGGCGAAAUUCGCCGACACACCGGCUGCCACUCAAGCGCUCCUUGACACAGACACGGUUGUGAAACUUCUGCGUAACUUUACGAACUUGUGCAAUGGCGAGCAAGUGAGAUCCGCACCAAAUCAAUUUUUCGAGUUGUAUAAUCGUUUCACGUAUUAUUUGAUCCAUGGAAAGACACAUGUGGCUCUGGGGAUUCCGAUUGUCGCGCAAGCCGUCGAGAAAAUUCGACUUUGUGACUCGCAGCUGACGCCCAUGCAUGCGGAUUUGUGCGUUUUGUGUCUCAGUGCGAAGAUUUUCAAGCCGGCAAUUGCAUUUUUGGAUGUCGAUAUCACGGAAAUUGUCACGACAAACGACAAAAGUAACGAUGCCAAAUCCUUUCUGCUCUAUUAUUACUACGGCGGCAUGAUUUACGCCGCUCUGAAGAAUUUUACGCAGGCACUGUACUUUUUCGAGGUAGCAAUAACGACGCCGGCACUCGCAAUGUCGCACAUCAUGCUGGAGGCGUACAAAAAGUACAUUCUCGUGUCGAUUAUCGAGUUGGGGAAGAUGCAACCGGUGCCGAAAUCCGCAUCGCAGGUCAUCAGUCGCUUCAUGAGACCACUUUCGCAUGCGUAUCACGAGUUGGGCACGGCUUAUGGCAACGGAUCGAGCGAGGAGCUGCGAAAUGUCGUGUUGAAACAUCGCGACACCUAUGAACGCGACAAGAAUUUCGGUUUGGUCAAGCAAGUCAUUGCCUCGUUGUACAAGAAGAACAUCCAACGCUUGACCAAAACUUUUCUCACACUCUCGUUGGCCGACGUUGCGAGUCGUGUUCAGUUAGGAUCUCCAGCGGAAGCUGAAAAAUACAUUUUUAAAAUGAUCAAAUCUGGUGAAAUUUACGCGACAAUCGACCAACGUGACGGCAUGGUGAUCUUCAAAGACAGCUCCGAGAAGUACAAUACGCCGGAAAUGUUCCUGAAAGUGCAGAGUGAUGUCGCCAAGGUCAUGGAAUUGAAUAAGCAGUUGUUGAAAAUGGAAGAGGAAAUUGUUCUCAAUCCGGUGUUCGUUAAGAAGGCAGUUGGAACGCAAGACGAGGAGCUGCCACACGUUAAAGGUUACGCGUAUCAGUCGAUGGAGCAGUAAUUUUUUGCAACGCUGUUGCAGUCGUCGUCUGAUUUAAAAUACUUUUUUUUUGAACAAUGAUAUCAGUAAUAAAUGAAAAAUUCGUAAA